AUGAAUGUUGAACGUGGUCCCACCCAUUUGCCGUUACCAUUGGACAUUAUCAAGCCCAAUCUACGUAAAAUAGACGUAUACCGCGGCGAAAUAUCUCUAUCUCUUUCACGUUUACCAUCGGAUCGCUUCGAACUCCCGAACCAACUCAGUAGCCGUCAAGACCUCGCAGGACACGGUUGCGCCAUCUUGGUUGAAUACAAGAUGGGGUCCCGCCAACAUCUAAACCAGGACGAAAUAGCUUCAAUGUUAGAAAAUGAUGACGAUUAUUCUCCGCUGGAUUCGGACUCCGAGCAAGAAGAUUGUUUAGUUGAAGAUGAUGUCAGGAGUGAUAACGAAGACGCGAUGGUCGACUUCAUUGAGGAUACAAGCCCUACAAGCAGACAAGACGACCCCGAAAACCAUGUUGCUUCUCUGGAAUCGACUAAUCUUGAGGUAACUUCAUCUACUUCACAUAGAAUUAUUACAUUGCCUCAGCGGUCAAUACGUGGCAAAAAUAACCAUGUAUGGUCAACUACAAAGGGACGUACGACGGGAAGGACUUCUGCUAUCAAUAUUAUACGUACAAAUAGAGGACCAACGCGAAUGUGUCGCAAUGUUUUUGACCCUUUGCUCUGUUUUCAACUUUUUAUAACGGACAAGAUAGUUGAUGAAAUAGUCAAGUGGACAAAUGUGGAGAUGAUAAUAAAACGACAAAAUUUGAAAGAAAUUUCGGCAAGCUACAGGGAUAAAAAUGCAAUGGAGGUCUGGUCGUUAAUUGGAAUACUCACUCUGACGGCUGUUAUGAAAGAUAACCACCUCUCAACUGAUGAGUUGUUUGACGCUUCAUUCUCUGGCACCCGGUAG